GCUAUACGGCCCGACCUUCGGAUAUAGCAUGGGAUCGUUGAGACGCACAAUGCGGCGGACCUCAGCCUCAGGCCUGGGCCAGUGGGUGCUGAACGACUCCAGCUGGCCCGUUUACACAAGUCCGAUCCGCUGAAGGACGCAACACUGGACAUAAAGUGGAUCAAACGUUUCUAUCUGGACCAGAACCAUCGCGUCUGCCGUCUUCUGGCCUCGGACCACCACCACUAUCAUUCUUCCUCGCCGACCAAGCCUGCCCGCAAUUCGAUCUUGACUUCUGCUCUCUGUCUAUGUGCUGAAGACAAAAGCCAAACCAGGACUGCAGGAGAGGGCAUCGAUUAGAAAGCAAACAACACAGAACCAGCGUCAUGGCAGCCGGCCCCUUCAGGAUCACAUACCUACUAUCAAUGGCUGUGCUAGGCGCCUCUGUGGUGACAGGCGAACACUCCCAAGAGCAAUCAUCAGUAGAGCAGACAGCUGGUACAGGGGCAGCUGCUGGGAGUGUGCCAAGCAGGAUCAACACAGCCAACUUGCCCGUGAAGCCAGACUGGAUGGUGUGUGCUGAAGCAACAGGUGUGAGCAUGCGUCUAGAAGCGCUGCCCGGAACCGGCUGGGAUAAUCUUAACAAUAAGAACAUGGGAUACGUUGCCGAUAUGUCUUACAACACCUGUCGGGUCACACCGGACGGCAAUUUUCUCAUUCCGGACAAUGUCCUCACUAUCCCGCUGAAACUUAGUCAGGUACAAGAGUUCUCGGAUAUGUACUCGGAUUUCCGCCAGUAUCGCAGUACCACUUCCCAGUCCAUGAAGCUGGACGUGUCCUAUGAAAUGAUAAGCGGGAGCUUCUCCGAGGAGUAUCAAAGUAACAAAGCUAACCAGGUCAAGAGUAAAUCCACGACCACGCGUGCGUCACUGCGACACCAGAUAUAUGAGGUGGAUAUCAAGCCGGAUGCAACUCUGGCCCCUGCACUGAAGCAGCGUCUGCUUCUGAUUGCCGACAUGAUCCACAAUAACCAAUCACGCAUGGCUGACUAUGAGCUACAGCUGAUUAUCAGAGACUAUGGAACGUACAUGAUCAGAUCGGUUAUAGUCGGCGGAGCAUUCACCCAGGAAACCCAGGUCACAAAUAAGUUUGUCGAGAGCAAGUCGCAAACUGAAGCAUCAGUGAAGGCAUCUGCCUCCGCCGGAUUUAUGAUAUCAAUCGGCUUCCAGUUCAAUUACACCGUUAGCAACGAGGAGAUUCAAAACUUCCAGGCCAACAGGACUCAGUCGACAACAAGAACAUUCGGCGGGCCUCCGUAUGCACCUGGUCUCUCUGUGAAUGACUGGGAACAAGGUCUGAUGAACAACUUGGUCGCGGUGGACAAGCAGGGUGACCCAAUCGAGUUUAUGAUCACCUCAGCUGCACUGCCAGAGCUUCCUGCACCUACAGUCAUUGAGAUUGCGUCAAGGCUGGCGACUGCAUCAAGGGAAUAUAUGACCCGCAACACGCACAGAGGUUGCACCGACGUCAACUCACCAAGCUUCAACUAUAAGGCAAACUCUGGCGAAGCAUCGCUCUGCAAGAAUGCAUCCAACAACUACACGUUUGCAGGCGUAUUCCAGAACUGCUCCUCUACAUACUCCUACAACCGCGACUUGUGCCCACGUUUCUUGCAAAAGAAUCCAUUAUCUGGCGACUUCUCCUGUCCAUUGUACUAUGAACCAGUGUACCUGCACGAAGGCACUUACACGGAGUCUUGGACGGUUCCAUCCUGCCACAUCCAUUCGUAUGACUGCGGCUUCUGGGGAAUAGAUACUUGCUACAAACGUGUAUGUCACAGCCGGGGUGUGUCGGCCACCGCUACCUAUCAGACGUACUGGUGUGUCGCCACGGGGAAGGUGCCGAAACAACACGGCUUUCUCUUCGGAGGUGUUUACAGCAACAGCACACCGAAUCCUGUGUCGAGUGGUCAAAGCUGUCCACAAUUCUUCAUUCCUCUACUCAUGGGCCACGACCUCAAAGUCUGCGUUAGCAACGAUUAUGAACGUGGAGCUGCCUUCUCUGUGCCUUUUGCCGGGUUUUUCAGCUGUCAGGUUGGCAAUCCGCUGGCAAUUCUGCCGAGCCCCAGUGAAAAGGCAACACCUCUGGACAAGGUUGGCUAUGGGUUGUGGCUCGGACCGGAGUCGUGGCCGCACCUCUGUCCACACGGCUAUGCUCAGCACCUGGCUGACAUUGACGAGUCGUGCGAGAUCAACUACUGCGUGAUCGCGCAUGCCUUCGACCAGCCCACGGCCCUUCUGCUGAACAGACCACCAUACGGAAAGCAACCGCCGAACGAAGGCAACGUCUCCUACCUGCUCAUAGUCACAGAGUCUGUUGACGGCCGUGCCUGGUUCAGGAAUGACACUAACAUGACCUGGCAAGAGUUCCACCUGUUGCCCUUCAAGCCAAUACCUAUCAAUGAUAGCAGACUCGAUUCUCAAUCUCAGGCCAGUGCUGAUGACAAAAGCAAGACCACACAUUCACAGGCGACUGUACUUUCUGCAUUUGUACUGGGAUUACUAGUAGCUGGAGUAGUUGUGCAAUGGAGCCGGCUACAAUAAUUUGGCAUGCGAUGAGGCAUAGUUCUCCUUAGAGUGCCAGUGUUGAUGCUCUGCUAUUGACAGAGAACGCACUCGGGGCUCUUUUACAUUGUACUCAUUAUGCCUUCAAGACCACAAUAUAUAUAUACUUCCAGACAUCAAUUCUAAGACUAUCUUCAAGUUAAGCCUGCUUUCGACAUUCAACUGUGUUUGUUUUGUCCGCUAAGACUAGCGACAUUUAAAAUCAUUUCCUCCUGUACCAUCGUCCUAUCAACGUAGUCGCUUAUGCAUAGAAUGACUAAGUCUUACAGCCUGUAGAGGGUGCUGACAGGUUGCUAUGACACUGGGUGCCCAUGGCAACCAUACAUCUACAUGCAGCACUGUUGACAGGCAAGCUGUUCUUACACAUUCUGAUCGAUUUUGUCCAUGAACUGACCAGUAAACAAAGAAGUCAUUUCCUAGCAAUCAGAUCAGCAGGUACAUGUGAAUAAUGUAUAGCUCUCCUAGCAGUCAUAUUCACAUAAUGACUUUAUCAAAGUGAACGGAUCGUUGUUUCGUCGUUGUCCAGUUUCGAUUGGCAUUGCAAUUUCAUUCCUUUCUCUGCACCACUGAAUAAAAUGUUGAAAAUGUCUUCCUCCUACGA